GCCAUGACGUUUAAAAAUAGUAGGCCGUGAACUGGAAAAAUAUUACACCCCGAAUUUCCUUAUCUGAUUUUGGACAUGUUGUGAGGUUUACCUUUAGCCAAAAAGACAUACUUAAAACCAGUCCAUAUCAACUAGUUCCACGACGAUUACAGUCAGUCGCCAAUCGGUAUCCUUGGCGGGCGGACGAGUGUUUUUUGUGUUUAUUCUAAAGUCACUGUUGAUUUGUGGUUUAUUUUUGUUUGACAGCCCAGACCGCUAUCAUACGUUCGUGCCUGGUGAUUGUAUCGCUGGACAAUGUUACGUGACCUUGCUGAUUGAGACUAAUUGAAGUGCCGCUGCCGUUUGAAAGACUCAAAAGAAUUGUUUAAGUGCGCCAGGAAAACUACUAAAUUUGUGAAUUUUUACAAUAGUGUAUUAACUAGUGUGCCAUGGCUGGUCAGAGUGGUGGUUUUGAUUUUGGUUCCCUAUUAAAAGGGGUAGGGAGACAAUUAAUAAAUCAAGGACGUGAAGCAUUAGUCCAAUAUGGGACUAAAGCCUUAGGGGACAUUGUGUGUGAGGUGAUCGAAAAGAAGAAAGUAGAAGAGAAAUUCUUACCAUGUUUGAAAAACUACAAAGUUCUCGGGGCAGCACCAUCACCGUCUACACCUAAGACAUAUCAAGAUUUCAAAGAACUAAGGGAUGAAUGUCUCGCAGAUGGUCGAUUAUUUGAAGAUCCUGAAUUUCCCCCGACAAACCGCAGCCUGUACUACAGAGAGCCACUGGACAGACCAGUUACGUGGUUGAGACCUGGCGAAAUUUGCGAGGAUCCUCAGAUGUUUGUUGAAGGAUAUAGCAGGUUCGAUGUGCAGCAGGGUGAGCUGGGCGAUUGUUGGGUUUUAGCAGCGGUUGCUAAUCUUACCAUGCAUAGAAAAUUAUUUUUUGAGGUGGUACCUGAUGAUCAAAAUUUUGAAGAAAAUUACGCUGGUAUAUUUCAUUUUAGAUUCUGGCAGUACGGCCAGUGGGUAGAUGUUGUGAUUGACGACCGUUUACCAACCUACCGUGGUAAAUUGUUGUUUCUUCGAUCUCCCGAGAAAAAUGAGUUCUGGAGCGCUCUUUUAGAGAAAGCUUACGCUAAACUCCACGGAUCGUAUGAGGCUUUGAAAGGUGGCUCCACUGGAGAAGCGAUGGAGGACUUUACUGGCGGGGUUACAGAAAUGUAUGACAUGAAAGAUUUGCCUCAAAAUUUUUAUAAAAUAUUAUUAAAAGCCUAUGAAAGAAAUUCUCUGAUAGCGUGUAGUAUUGAACCUGAUCCCAAUGUUCUUGAAGCUGAAACACCAGCAGGCUUAAUUCGUGGUCACGCCUACUCAAUUACACGUAUAAAGUAUGUUGAUAUCCAAACUCCGGGUAGAACCGGUAAGAUUCCACUGAUACGUAUGCGGAAUCCGUGGGGCAACGAAGCAGAGUGGAAUGGUGCAUGGAGUGACAAGUCACCAGAGUGGCGAUACAUACCUGAACCUGAACGAGAAGAGCUAGGACUAACUUUUGAUUCCGACGGAGAAUUUUGGAUGUCAUUCAAAGACUUUGUUAAUAAUUUUGACAGAGUUGAGAUAUGUAAUUUACAACCAGACUCCCUGGAUAUGGAGGAUUGUCCAGAAGGCUGCAAUAAGAAAUGGCAAACGUCAGUAUUUGAAGGAGAAUGGGUGAGAGGUGUGACCGCUGGUGGGUGUAGAAAUUACUUAGAAUCAUUUUGGCGUAAUCCACAGUAUACUAUCACUCUAACAGAUGUCGAUGAAGAUGAUGACGAUAAUAAGUGCACAGUAAUUGUAGCUCUCCUCCAAAAGAACCGAAGGGCUCAGAGACACCAAGGCCUAGAAUGCCUGACUAUUGGAUUUGCUAUCUAUAAACUUCCUGAAUAUGGACGUGUACCGAAACCUUUAGACGUUAAUUUCUUCAAAUAUAAUUCUUCUGUGGGCCGAUCACCAGCGUUCAUUAAUUUAAGAGAAGUAACAGCAAGAUUUAAGUUUGAACCUGGUCAGUACGUCAUAGUUCCUUCGACGUUUGAACCAAACGAGGAAGGCGAAUUUCUUGUGCGAGUAUUCUCUGAAAAAUGUAGUAACUUGGCUGAAAAUGAUGAAGUAGUCGGUGAAAUGGAAGAAGAUGAAGAAAAGGAGAAAGUAGUAGAAGAGCCUGACCCAGAACCAGCAGAUCCGGUGCGACAGUUCUUCAAUCGUCUCGCUGGAGACGACGGAGAAGUUGAUUGGCAGGAAUUAAAAGAAAUCCUGGAUUAUGCCAUGAGAGAUCAGCUGAACGGCCAGGAAUUCUCGAAGGACACAUGUCGAAGCAUGGUAGCCAUGUUGGAUAAAGAUAACUCCGGUGGUCUUGGGUUUGAAGAAUUUAAAACUUUAUGGGUUGAUCUACGGAAGUGGCGAGCGGUAUUCAAAUUAUACGAUACCGACGGUCGUGGUGCGAUCCCCACCUACAGCCUGAGAGAUGCAUUCCAUGCUGCUGGGUACACUAUCAAUGCGCGGACCCUUAACGUAUUUGCCCAUAGAUAUAGCACUGGUGGCUAUGUGCAGUUUGACGAUUUCAUUAUGUGCUCUGUCCGCCUGAAAUCAAUGAUAGAGUCGUUCAAAGGAAAGUCAUCAGGUGGCGAGUACGCAACAUUCUCAUUAGAUGAGUGGCUGAAUCGUACUGUUUACUCAUAGUCGUAAACUAUUUUUAUUGUCUUCCGAUGUCGUGCCUUGUCUUGUGGAUGUGAUAAAAUAAGUGUUGCCAAUUUUGAAUUCUUGUCAGUGUUAGGAAACGUAAUUAUUUACUCAUAGUUAUAAUAUGUUUAUUAGCAGAACACCCAGUCAUUUGAGAGCUCUGAGAAUAGAAUUUAGUAACAGGGGCUGACUGAAUUGUACUUACUAUUCGACAGCGAAUAUUUGGAAUAUUAUAAAUCUGUUAACAUUGUGUGUAAUUUACAAGAUGCCCCGUACUUACAUACGUUACAUACCUAAGGAAAAUAAAAUCUGGCUUAGAGCCAGUUAUCUACGAUAGCCUCUCAAGGUCUACAAUUUGUAGUACAAUCACCAAAUUUUACAUAAUAUUAUGUUUAUUACUUAUUAUUUCAGUUAGUAUCUGUAGUUAAACCUAUUGGUAGACACAGUUUAAAAAACAUAAUGGUAUAGGUAUGUUAUUAUACUUACCUAAAUAUUUAUAAAUUUAAAAAUAUAGGUAAGUAUUACUUUUAUACAUCUUCUAUAGCCCCUAUUUAAUUACCUACCACCAUUAUAUUUACAUAUAAGUAUUAAAACUAAUAGGUAUAGUAGCAUUAUGGCGCUACUGCCUACGCAUAAAUCUACCGAUGCGAUGCCAAAAGCUUAUUUCAUUAUAAUCUAACUGUAUGGUGAUCAAAGCGAUGCGGUAAUAAUAUCCGGAGAACUGUGGCAAUUUCGAUGACAUCAUGGUUUAAUGUGUUUUGUCGAACAUGUGAUGUGUACAACCAGACAUAGGUAUUGUAAUAAAAUUUACUUGGCUUUAUCUCUUUCUAUUUCUAUGAUUCUUUCAAGAUAUUAAAUUUACCCAUUUUGUCCCUUGUAUUUUGUAUCACUUCUCUAUGUAUUUUAAGAAGAGGAGCAUAACAAGUACAGUAGUACUUACUCGUUAUUCUAUGAUUAUUAUUUAUUUAUUGUGUGUAUUUGUUGUGUAAUUCCGAUUUGUAUAAGUAAUAUGCCUACUUUACAUUACUUAAGCACUUACUUAAAUUUUUCUGAUUGACCAAUUGUGAAUAUGAAGAAAGGAAUAAUUUGAGCAUAGCGAAGCAGCCUAGGUUUAACGAUAAUUUUUUUAACCCGCCGCCAUAACACUUCUUUCAAUCACAAAUCACAAUGUAUGAAUAAAUAAAAAAAUAGGCAUAACCUCCAAUUUCACUGGGGACGAUUAAACAUUUAAUAUCAUUUUUGAAGUACCUAAUUUUAUUAGUUUUUAAUUAUUUAUUUUAAUUAAAUACGUAGUAUUAAAGUUUUGAACUUGUGUAAAAAUAAACCGAUCUAACUAAUCGGUAUCACUUCAACAGAUUCAGUAGGUACUUGUUUUAGUUUUUCAAUUAUAAAUUUAAUAAGAUUUAAAGAAAGUUAGUAUGUAAUUAAUUCAGGUAAAAAUAUGAUGACUAGUCAAAUAUACAAUAGGGGAUACCUACUGCAUACUUACCUAAUUUUAUUAUUAUAAGUAUUUAAUCAAGAAAUAUAUCUGCUGUCAGUUUAUUAUUACUUGUUAUAUUUAAAUCAAGAAAUAUAUCUACUAUCAGUCAGUAUCAAUAUCAAUAUUAUUAUCAUUAUAACUAAAUAUACUCAUAUUAUUUAUUUAUACCAUGUUAGAUGUAAGUUGGUAUAAAAUAUCCUCUCCCAAACUCUAUUAUAACGAGCACAAAUUAGAUGUUAUUUGUUUGUUCUAUCUCUUAUUAACAUAAAACAUACCUACAUUUAUAAAAUGAAUAUACAAAAUUGUAAAUUAUUUAUAUGCCUAAUUCUUAUAAAUAAAAUAAAAAAUAAAACUUA